AUGAUUGGAAAUGCUUCAAAUUCAGUGGAUACUAAUCCAAUUGCAUCCUCAUCUAUCAAGAGUAGAAGUAAAAAUGCUCCGGGGAACCGGUCUGAUAUUGGAUGGAAACACGGGUUAGAUAUUAAUGGCAAUGGUAGAAAAGUUAAAUGUAACUAUUGCUCAAAGAUUGUGAGUGGAGGGAUAUUUAGAUUCAAACAUCAUCUUGUUGGAACUAGGGAGGAUUUUGAACCUUGUGCCUCUAUUUCGGAAGAAAUAAAAAAUUUGAUGAUAAAGAUAGUUGCAGAAGUUACGCAUGCAACAUUAAAGAGAAGAAAGUUGAAUAUCAUUGAUGAAGAAGAUGAAGAAAGUGGAAGUGUUGAAGGAGGACAUAGGUUGUUUGGCUUUAAUGGAAAACAAAUAGUUGCCAAUGCUAGUAAAGGGGGAGUCCAAAAAUCCAGCAUUUGCAAAAUGUGUGAAAUGAUUGAUAAAUGUGGAGUUUGCUACAAACCACCAUCUUAUCAUGAUAUUAAAGAGAAGCUCUUGAAGAAUACAAGGAGGAGUGGAAGAGAACUGGUUGUACCAUUAUGUCUGAUGGUUGGAGGGACAAAAAAAAGACGUUCUAUUUGCAACUUCUUGGUGAAUAGUCCUAAAGGGAUGGUUUUUCUUUAUUCACUUGACACCUCAGACAUUUCAAAAACAACUGAUAAAUUAUUUAAGAUGUUAGAUGAUGUUGUUGAGUAUGUUGGAGAAGAAAAUAUAGUUCAAGUUGUUACUGAUAAUUUUGUAAAUUUCAAGGCAGUUGGAGAUUUGUUGAUGCAAAAAAGAGAACGACUAUAUUGGACUCCAUGUGCUGCACACUGUAUUGAUUUGAUCUUUGAAGAUUUUGAAAAGAAUUUGAAGGUCCAUGAAUUAACAAUCAAGAAGGAAAGAAAGAUUACCAUUUACAUUUAUGGAAAAACAAUGUUGAUUUUGUUUUUGAAAAAGUUCACUAAAGGUAGAGACUUGAUAAGACUAGAUGUGACUAGAUUUGCCACGACAUAUUUAACUCUUGGUUGUCUUCAUGAAUUGAAGGCAUCAUUAUUGACCAUGUUUAACUCCAAGGAGUGGAAGACAAGCAAAUUUGGAACAUCACAAGAGGGGAAAAGAAUAGAACGCAUGGUAUUAGACAACCGAUUUUGGAAGAAUGUCUCCACGUGCUUAAAGGCUACUACCCCUCUCAUGGUUGUCUUAAGAUUGGUGGACACAGAUGUAAAACCCGCAAUGGGUUUCAUUUAUGAAGAGAUAGAUUAUGCAAAAGAAAAGAUUAGGUCCAAUUUUAACAAUAUUAAGAAGAGUUAUGAAAAGUUGAAAAGUAGACAAAUUCAAAAAAUUGUUGCUCUACCAUUUGAUGACAUUGAAUCAGAUGAUGAAUGGAUAACUGAAAAGGAAGAUGAUGUUGAGAUUGAGCAAGCUGAAGGUGAAAUUGAUAUUCAAAAUGUUCCCUUAUAUGGACCAACAAUAGAUCUAGCUCUAAAUGCUCUUUAUCUUGAUAACAUAAAUUUUGAUGCCGAUGAGGAUGAACAUGUUUCAUCAGGGGAGGAUUUGGAUGAAAAUGAUGAUGAUGAUGGAGAUGAUGAUAUCAUUACAGGAUUACACAUAGACAUUUGA